CAUCCCUAGCCUCUUUCCCAGAACUCGACUCCACCCUAGGUGAAUCCAUAAGGGAAGAAAUCAAAUACCGGAACCAGAACCAUCUUUCCAACUAGCAAGGACUUGAUUGAUGCUGUUGCAAAGGAGAGGCCUUGCGAUUCCCCGACCUACGUUCCUGGCGGCAAGAAGUAUCCAAUAACAAAAUGAGAAUCUAAAGCCAAUAACUCUCCGCACGCGGCCCCGAUCUUCAUCCCUUUCCUUCGCUCUGCGCCGCUCGUACGCCGGAGGGAAUGACGUCGCCCGGCGCGGGGUCAUCGGGACGGAUGCCGACGUGGAAGGAGAGAGAGAACAACAAGCGGAGAGAGAGGAAGCGGCGAGCCAUAGCCGCCAAGAUUUUCACCGGCCUCCGAGCUCAGGGUAACUUCGAACUCCCUAAGCACUGCGACAACAACGAGGUCUUGAAGGCUCUGUGCAGAGAAGCUGGUUGGGUUGUUGAUGAAGAUGGAACUACCUAUCGCAAGGGGUGUAGACCAUCUCCAACUGAGAUUAUGGGAAUUUCGGCAAACAUAAGCGAGUGCUCUUCUAUCCAGCCAAGCCCAAUGUCAUCAGCCUUUCCCAGUCCGAUACCUUCAUACCAUGCCAGCCCAAAUCGGAGCCCUUCACGAGGAGGUGAUGCCAAUGCCCCAUCUUACAUCCUACCUUUCCUCCAUAACCUGACACCGGUUCCAUCUUCUUUUCCUUCUCUGCGUAUAUCCAACAGUGCCCCUGUAACUCCUCCUAUAUCAUCUCCCACCAAAGGUUCAAAGCGGAAACCCUUAUUGGAGUCCCUCACCAACAGUUCACUCUAUGGUUCCCACCAUGCUUUCUUUACCUGUUCUGCACCAUCAAGUCCUACAAGACGCCAGCAUUGUAAACCUGCUACAAUUCCAGAAUGUGACGAGUCUGAUGUCUCAACAGAUUCAGUUCGUUGGGCCACCUCCCAGACAGGGGUUCCCUUUGUGGCCCCCACUUCUCCUACUUUUAACCUUGUACAACCAUUCUCUCAGCAGAUCAUUCCCCUAACCACGGUUAGUGGAGUUGGUGAUUUUGAUUGGGCUGGAGCAGCUAAAAAGGCACGAUGUGCUGAAUUUGAUUUUGAAAACGGGAGAGUGAAGGCGUGGGAGGGUGAGAAGAUACAUGAUAUUGGUAUGGAUGGUUUAGAGCUUACUCUUGGGAGUGGUAAAGCUCCAGCUUAAGCCUCGUUUAAUAUGAUGGUGGGGUUUAUGCCCUAGCAUUGGAGACCUAACUGUUAGCAUGAAGGUCUUAUUUUUAGUGCAGCAUACUUGACCAUCACUAUUGAACCCACUGGUUGUUACUUCCACUUCUUAUGUGGUCUAAGAUGUACUUUUAUGCAUCCGCUCAGUUGCACGGUAAUACAUUUACUGUGCUGAGAGGCUCUCUAUGUGACCUAAAUGGUUGCUUAUGAAUGAAUGAAAUGUGAUGCUAGUGGCAUUGGACUACAUCCUCUUCAUAUUUUUAGUUGCUUGAAGGCCUUUAGGCUGUAUGUGGCUCACUUUCAAGUGGCCUUUGUCAAGAUUGUUUCUUUAUGCCUUGUUGACAUUUGUAAAUUGUAAUGAGACGUAGAACUACUGAUGCUUUGCUGAUAGUUUUCCUCGGAGAACCAACUCU